AUGGCUCUCAAGGGAAUAAAGGUUAUCGAGUUCGUUGGAUUGGCCCCGGGACCGUUUUGUGGCAUGCUGCUAGCCGACUUUGGUGCUACUGUUACGAGGAUUGAUAUGAAUCCUCGCAACUCGCUCGAUGUACUGCAGGGAGGUAAACGAUCGCUCGCCUUAAAUCUGAAACAACCGAAAGCAAUUGAUAUGGUCCGUUCCUUGUGCAGUGGGUCAGAUGUACUGAUAGAGCCAUUCCGACCGGGUGUGAUGGAAAAGUUUGGUCUAGGUCCCAGCGUACUUCUACAGGACAAUCCUCGGCUUAUUUAUGCGAGAUUGACGGGUUUUGGACAAACCGGGACACAUGCAGUUCGUGCUGGUCACGAUCUUAACUACGUUGCGCUUUCCGGAGUACUUUCGAUGCUGGGACGUAAAACGAACAAACCGACAGCACCGAUCAAUUUAGUGGCCGACUUUGCAGGCGGUGGGCUGAUGUGUGCCUUUGGCAUUCUUGCAGCCAUCGUCGAAAGACAUCGUUCCGGCAAGGGCCAGAUUAUAGAUCAUGCGAUGGUAGAAGGUGCUGCAUAUGUCGGAAGCUGGCUGUUCCGAUCUCAAAGCCUACCGGUGUGGGGUAAAGCGCGUGGCGAGAAUAUCCUGGAUGGUGGGGCCCAUUUUUACGAUACAUAUGAAACGAAGGAUGGGAAAUUCCUAUCCGUUGGUGCGAUCGAAAACAAAUUCUACCGUUUGCUACUGGAGGGGCUCGGCUUGAAUGCCGAUUUGCCACAGUUUGAAGAUGAUGAAAAGCGAAGAGAACUAUUCGAAGACACGUUUAAGACAAAAACGCGUGAUGAAUGGAUGGAAAUUUUCAACAAUAAGGAUGCUUGUGUCUUUCCGGUAUUAACGCCAGACGAGGUAGAAUCGUACCAGCACAACCUUGACCGCAGUGUGUUUGUAAAUUAUCGACAAACUGAGGAUGACGUGCUGGUUCCUACACCGGCACCAAAACUAAGCCGUACGCCAGCCCGUUCCGGUGCGACAGUGAAGGAAAGAAGUGAGCUAGAAAUGGCUGAGGAAAUACUGAGCGAAAUCGGUAUGGAGCGCAAGGAACUUGUUCACUUGUAUGAGGAAGGUGUUUUACUGCUUUCCAACAAACCAAAGAUGUGA